AUCUGGAGCGGACUGUCUGCGUCUCCACUAUGCAAUGAACAAACCGAUGGAAAGUCGAUAGGCGAGUACGACUGUGUGCAUUCAGACCUGUUAUCCUCAGCGCGUUCGCCAGUUCAGAACUUCCAGCUCAACUCAACAUGUAAAGUGCGACUGGCACCAGACGUACCCGACAGAUUGGUGCUGUUGAACUGUUAUCGGCAUGAUUCCGCCUGCGAACAUGAUUCAGGAGGACACGAUGGGCAAGGAGAACGAGCGGGACCACCGUGAGCCUCAGUCCCCCUCAUCCAUCAGCCAGCAGGAGUCAAAGCUGCAGAGGCUAAAGCGUUCGCUGUCCUUCAAGACCAAGAGUCUUCGCAGCAAAAGCGCUGAUAAUUUUUUCCAGCGGCCGAUCGAGGAUGUGAAGUUUCAAACAGAACUCCUCUCAGAUGUCAGCAGCAGCACAGGUCAUCUGAGCAGCAUCGGUGUGUCUGUCACGGCCUCCCCAGCGAUGUCACUUCCUCCACCACCCCCACCGCUUCCCACCGUCAUCCCAGGCAACCUACCAAUCACAAUCUGUUCUCCAUCCCGUGCCCCUCGCCAGACGGACCCCAAUGCCCACACCUUCCUGGAGCACAUCUUCAAGAAGCCUCAUUUCUGUGACAUCUGCAACCACAUGAUUGUAGGCACCAAUGCUAAGCUGGGCCUUCGGUGCAAAGCCUGCAAGAUGGGAAUCCAUCACAAGUGCCUGGAUGGAGUUGGACAGCAGAGAUGCAUGGGGAAACUGCCCAAAGGUUUUCGAAGAUAUUCUAGCUCUCCUCUGCUGAUUCAGGAACAGUUUGGGUGCAUCAGGGAGGUUAUGCCUAUUGCUUGCGGCAGUAAAGUUGACCCGGUGUAUGAGACUCUGAGGUUUGGAACUUCUCUGGCACAAAAAAACAAGCGAACCAGUGGAUCAGAGUCACCACAGAGAAACUCUACCAGUGAUGUGGCUCAGGUACCAGAAGAAAAGGCUGCCCACUGCAGUCGAGCUCAACUUAUCAGGAAACCCAGUGACAAUGUUUUUAUGCCGUUGGAGAAUGGAACUGAACAUUUUCAUGUUGCUGAAAGGAAAGCAGAAGAAUCACCCUCAGAAAGGGAGCUGAAGAGAGACCCCCUGCUGCUAAAUACCUAUGUGGCUUUGUUUGGAUUCACAGCCCAAGACAACCAAGAUCUAGAAAUGAGACCCGGAGAUCGAAUAAUCCUGGCAGAUGAUUCCAACGAUGACUGGUGGAAGGGUGUGAUUGAAGAUAGAAUUGGAUUUUUCCCAGCAGCCUUUGCGCAUCAAGUGACGUCAAGCGACAGGGUGUUCAGGUGUAACCGAACCUUUAUUGGGUGUAAGGAGCAAGGACAGAUCACGCUGAAAGAGGGACAAAUUUGUGUCAGCGGUGAGAACGAACACAAUGGCUUCAUCAGAGUAGCCAGUGGGAAAAAGAGAGGAUAUGUGCCCUGUGACGUCCUGGAGAAUAUAUGAGGUGAAAGAACACUGAAAAUAAUGGUAAAAACAAAGAGACAUUUCAAAACGAUGGCUCCAGCACUGCCUCAAGAAACUGGAGGGCUCUCAGGAGGGACCGGGAGACCCUCACUGACACAGAAUGAAUGUACAGUGACAACGAAGAGUGUUUGGAUACUUAAAAAUGUAUGUAUUUCAUUCAAUUAAUAACAAAACCAUUAAAUCUUCUGCAAACAAAUACAGCCAGAGCUUUUCUCAGAACUCAUUUCACUUAACUUAAGUUUACGAAUUAAGAAUACCCCGUUUACACUUGAUAUUCACCCAAAACCGAAUAUUUAGUCACCAUUUGCUCACCCCCAAUUUGUUUCAAACCUGUUUGAGUUUUUUUCUUCUGUUGAACAUAAAAGAUAUUUGGAAGUAUUAUGGAAACCAAGAAGGCAUCACAUCGGCGCAGUAGGUAGCACAAUUGCCUUACAGCAAGAAGGUCUGUGGUUCGAGCCCUGGCUGCGCCAGUCGGCAUUUCUGAAUGUAGUUUGCAUGUAUUCCCAUGUUUUCGUGGAUUUCUUUCUGGUGCUCUGGUUUCUCCCACAGUCCAAAGACAUGCAGUACAGGUGUAUUGAAUCAGCUAAAUUGGCUGUAGUGUAUGUGUGUGAAUGCAAGAGUGUGUGGGUGUUUCCCAGUGUUGAGUUGCAGCUGGAAGGGCAUCUACUGCGUAGAGCAUAUGCUGGAUAAGUUGGUUCAUUCCACUUUGGUGACCGCUGAUUAAUAAAGGGACUAAGCCGAAAACAAAAUGAAUGAAAGGAAACCAAGAACUUUUGACUUCCAUAUUUUAGAUGUCAGUGUAUUUGUUUCCAUCCAUCUAUUUUAAUGCAGAUUUUGGAAUAUUCUAAUAAAACUUUUGAAGCUAAUUUUGAAAAUGUACAUAAAACGUUAUGUGCCCAAAUUCCCAAAUUGUUUUAUCAGAUCUAGUGAUAACACAAAUGUGUGCAAAUGCACUGUAAAAAUUAUAUGAUCAAUUAGUCCUGACAGCAUAUGUUUUUAGGUUACUGUAACUUAUUAAACUAAUCAUGUUCAACCAGAAUUUUUUUACAGUAUAGACAAACCAGCAGACUGACCACAUUAUGAAACACCUCAAAUUGUCUGCACCAAUAGCCUGACAUGUAGCACUGAGAUGCUCACAGCAACCUGAUUUCAAUUCCCAACUCAAGAUCUUUUGCCAAUCCUUCCCGCCUCCCUGCUCACCACACUAUUCUAUAAUCUCCACUGUCUUGUCCAAAAAAAGGUGAAACACAGCUAAAAAAUAAUUAUAAAAAUAAAUCUUGGUCUUGGUCAUUCUAAAAUGCCUUCGUUAAAGUCCGUCAUCAAAGUUGUUUAGUGUUAUCAAUCUGCUGAAAUUUAUGCGCAAUGAUUUUGGGUGUAUUGUAACUAAAACCUUAAUAUAUGAAAUAAAAAAUAAUACUUAUUUAACUUUUAUUUAAUGUUUAAAAUGCAAAUCCAAUUAGAUCCACUUAUUUGGUAAACAAAGCAAGUCUCUCAUACAAUAUAUCUACUAAAAGACAUUUUAAAUUUUACAAAUACAUUUUCUUUACAUUUUCAUAUUAGUCAAAAAUAUUACUGAAAUUAACUUAAAAGCUGAAUAAUUUACACACAUUUACACAAGUAAAUAAAUAGACUCAAUGAUGGGCUAAAAAUGUGUGGAAAUCAUGCAGAUUCUGUGUGGGCCUAGUUAUUGUCUGCUCUGCUAUUAACUGCCUAAAGGGAACUGUCACACCUCCAAAAGUCAUGAUGUGUUCAUUGCAUUUCAUCACUAUCUUCUGAGGAAAGUAAUUUAUUAUAUAAAAAAGCCCCAUAGUGGCUUCUCCUACCACAGCAAACAGUUUUUCUUUUUGAUAUUUGGCGCCUGUUUAUCAGGAAGUGGUGGUUUUAUUUUCUUUGACCCAUUGCUUUAUUCACAAAUGUUUUAUGUGAUAUUUCAUUUUUGUGCAUAAAUCUAAUUUGCAUAUUUGGAUGAAAACAGCUACUGGCUACCUGUUUUCGGGAUUCUGUCUUCACAUUAUCUUAAUUUGUGUUUAACUGAAGAAAGAAACUCAAACAGGUUUGGAACAAGUGAAGGGAGAGUAAAUAAUGACAUUUUUUUUAUUUUUGGGUGAACUGUCACUUUAAGGUACAUUUGGCUGUUUUUUGUUUGAGAAACUACACCAAAUGCUAUUGGUUUGAUUUAGAAUCAGCACUGACAACAGAGCAUUGUGUUUUUUAACAUUUUUUGCUUUCAGAUUUACACAUUCAGAUAACAAAGUUGUUUUGACAAAGUCUUCGACAGCACAUCUCAUAAUAUUAAAGAAUUAACUUAACAGGCAAAAAAGUAGAUCGUUUGUAGCAUUUAGCAAGCAAUCCAUAAUUUAGCAUUGUCUACUUGUGAUUGUAUACCAUUAUUUUGAACGGAAUGUCUUUAUUCUUAAUGAAUGUCUUAAUUCUUUAUCAUUCAAAACCUUCAGGUAAAUGUUCAUUUCGUUAAAUGCCACUCGGUUUGAUGUUUUGUUAUUCUAUUGCGAUGAUAUGCUAGCUUAAUUAUCCAAAUACUUUUUGGGGCCAUUGUAUGUGUGUUAACUGCUGAAUGUAAGUGUCAUUUGUUUUACUUUUCUCAUCUUCUGAAGGAGAAUUGUGUUUUCUGUAUUUAAUUUAUUGACUGUUAGAACAGGGGGGUCAUCAACCAUGCUAUUUUUCCACUAUCAGAUAUUCACUAUAGCAUUGCAAAACACUGCACACUAUUUUUGAAUUAUCUUAAUGUUAAGGCAGCAUAUUUAUUGCUUCAAUUUUUUUUCAGUAUUUAUUUAUUUUUUUUACAUAAAAUGGUUUCAGACAUUUUUUCAAUAAAUGUACAAGUGCUUUUUUUGGUUGCUGUCAAAAACACUUUAAACAGUUUGACAAUUAGGUUAAUUUAACUUGCACUUCCAGGAUAUUAUUUCCCACUUACGCUAGUGCAGAAGAGAACAGAUCUAUUCAGAUGCAACUUUGAAUGAAAAACAGAAAAUACACAUUCUUUAAUUAAAAAAAACACUAUAGGCUGAUGAAGCUUCAACAAACAAAUCUCAGCAAAAAAAGUCUAUGUUUUUUUCAAAGCCUGCGUAUUCAGCUGUCUCGAUUUUUCAAACAUAUGUCAUCUAUGCUGAUUAUCUUUUUAUUAAUAAGACAUUUUAUUUUAGGACAAAGAAACAUUUUCACAUUUGACUUUUGAUUAUUGAAGGCUGCAAGAAGCAGGAAUAUGUUUUUGCUGCACCAUAAUAGUAAAGAUAUUUAAAUGGAUGUUUAAUUUAUUUGAGUUCAGUCAUGGAGGUAUAGGCAUCAUGUAUUGUCUGGUUAAAAGGAUACAUAAUCUCUGUCUCUUGAUAAGAUUUUUAAAAAAUAUGUAUUAUUUAACUCCUCUUGUCUGCUUUUUUGAUAAUAUUUUAAUUUGAGUGAAAUGAAGC